CGUCUGCAAGAUGACCUGUCCGGUAAACUACUUUUUACCUUCUAAUACCUAAGCUGUGCUCCUAAGCUGGCGGCUUUGUUGUCUGUGCAAUACUUCAGAUCAGUGGAAGCGAGGGGAGAUUGCUGGAGACGAAGCGUUGCAACGAGGAAUCAGAAUGACGCUAACAGUUGAUGACAUAAAAAAGUUGAAAGUACAGGAACUACGAGACGAAUUGCAAAAGCGAAAUUUGGAUACCGGUGGACUGAAAGCGGCCCUGACAGAACGUUUGGAGGAGGCAGUGAAGGCUGACACACUUGCAGAACCUGAUGCUGAACAAAACUCCACAGCCACGCUGACAAACGGAUCUGCUUCUGGACAACCUGCAGUGGAGGCUCCUGCUGAAGAGAAGGUCAACGAAGGUCCGGCAGAGGCAGCAGCACAGACAGGAAAAAUUGUUUUUGAAGAUUCAAGUACUGCUGAAUUGGAGAAGCGCAAAGCUCGGGCUGCUCGCUUUGGUGUGCCUCUCAACACGUCAGAAGACAAGAAGAAGGACCUGCGGGCGCAAAGAUUUGGCAUCGCUGAGAAUGCUGCGCCGGAGAAAAGGAAAGCCAGUGAGCCUAUCGUGUCCAGCAAGGCAGCCUCAGAGGAGGAACUCGCUGCACUGCUUGAGAAGAAGAAGGCAAGAGCCGCUCGCUUCAAUGUUCCCCUGGUGACCACUGGUAAAGAGGAGCAAGUUCGGCUAAAGGCUCGAGCUGAGCGGUUCAAGGUCCAAGUUCAAAGUGCACCUGGCGCAGAGGCUCCUUCUGCAAAAGACACACCUAAGACUGCCGCUGCAGCUGAGUUUGAGGCAAAAAAGAAGGACAGGGCUGAACGCUUCAAGGUAGCGGCAUGAACUUCAGCCAUGUUGAUCUAUCAAGCAGGAGUUUGCUGAGCAGCAAGAGAGAUUUGACAGUCAUGCAUCUCCAACAUGAAAGUCAGAGUCUGCAGCUCCCAAGCCAUUAGUUGACCACCAUGAAAAUUUGAUUGUGUCAACAGGGACGAUUGUUGUCUUGAAUUGUGUUGGGCAAGUAACACCAGCAGUUGCCUUGAUGAAAACGAUAUUUAAUAUCAUGUCCCAGCAAUCAUGAACUGCCGACAGGUCUGGACCAUGCUACCAUGAAUAACUGUGUGAAUGGAAGAAAAGGUACUCUAUACUGACGGUGGCAAGGCCUAAGCACUAAUAAGUAACAAAUGCAAUGUAACUUUGUGUUGUACAGGAACCAUGUGGCCGCAUUGGCGUGCAUGACAGUCACUCUAGGCCUGAGUCUCAUGACACACAAGCACGUGACUCAAGACACAUGCAUGCAGACAGUGAAAGAAGACAAGACUAGCAGAGACCUUUGUGGCAGCUGAUCAUCAUGGAUGAUCCAUCAGUAGUGCCUUUGCAUGUGAUACCGUGCCUAGAACGGGC